AUGGAAAAUGCUAAUCAGUCUUUGCCCAACGGCGAAACUAUGAAGAAUGGAUCUCAUGAUUCAUUAACGGCAAUAGAUUACAUUAAUAAUCAAGUGGAAUUGGAAAAAGAGGCUAAAAGAAUAAUGCCAUAUAGUUUUGAUGAGUGUACAUAUGAGAAGGGAGAAUUGAGACAACCUGUAUUUGCAUGUUUGUCAUGCUCAGAAGAAAAUGAUAAUACCCCCAUUGGUGUUUGCUAUGCAUGCUCAAUACUGUGUCAUUCACAACAUGAAUUAGUUGAGUUGUUUUCUAAAAGAUCUUUUGUUUGUGACUGCGGUACGACUAGAAUGGCUAAAACUGUUGAUGGCGCAUGCAAGUUGAGAAGACAGGAUCAUAAAACCAAUUCUGCUGGUAAUGCUCAUAGAAGAAGAUCAUCAAUGAUAUCUAAUGGAUCGACCGGAAGCAAUUCGAAUUCAAGAAAUUCUAGUCAAGUGUCGUUACCAGCUGACGAUAUUCCUAGCUCCUCAAAUGUAUACAAUCAAAAUUUUUCAGGCAAGUUUUGUGGUUGUAAACAACCCUAUAACCCAUUGGAAGAAACCGGUAAUAUGAUUCAAUGCUUUUUUGGCUUUCAGUGUGGAGAAGAUUGGUACCAUGAUAAAUGUAUAAUGGGGUUUAAACCAGAUGCAUUCAAAAAAGAGACUCAGAGCGAAAAUAAACAAUAUAAUAUUGGAGAAAAUAGAUUAGAUCAGUUAUCACCACCAGGAUUUGCUGCAGAACAAGGAGACGACGCAGCAGAGACUGUAAGCGAGGAGAAACACUCUGCCGAAUCAAAGGAGGAAGCAGGUAAGACUUAUGACGACAAUUGUCAACAAGAACAAAAAAAACGUACUGAACGAGAAGAAGGUAUGAAUGAACAAGAAAUUUAUCAGAAUGAAGAAGAUGAGUAUGAUAUGAUACAGAAAUUAAAAUAUUUUCCAAAUUUGGAUUCUUUUGAUAGUUUCAUUUGUUGGAAUUGCGUUUCUAAAUUUAAUACGAUAUUUGCAGAAUUUGAUAAAUUUUUACCUGGUGUUAUAUUUGAAAAAUUACCGAGAUUUGAAAAUAUAAACACAGUGGAAGACUGGUACAAUCUAAAGCAAAAAGAGGAUCAACAAGACAAGAAAAGGAUUAAAACAGAGAGCUCACUUCAAGACCAGUCCCCACCACUGGAAUCAUUUUCUAUUUUCCUUCAAAACGGAUUCAAAGACAUAAUCGAACGUACACUCCCGAAACUAGAUCAAACGUCCAAACUUGCUCAAUUUUUGAAUAACAAUUCAUACUUAUACAAAGAUGACCCAAUUUAUGAACCACCAGAAGAUUCAAGUGAGGAAGAAUGGUCCACGACCGUCUCUUACUUAGAUAUGUGUGCGGCUGAUGCGAUACAUCAAUUACCUCGAGGAAAAGCUAUUGAAAGUAUACAAGCGUAUGACAAAAUAAGAUUGAAAUUGAGAGAAUUUUUUAAACCAUUUGCCGAACAAGGUAAAGUUGUGACUGAAGACGAAGUCAAAUCAUUUUUUGGAGAAAUAAAAAAGGAGGAGAAGAAAUAA